AUGUUCAGCAAUCUAUCCAUGGGGUUAAAGCGGGUAUUUCUCUCUGGGAGAUACCAUCUCCGGAAAUACACCUUUAGAUCAUCAAGGCGGUAUUUGGUGCUUUUACUAUUGUCAAUUGGAUGCUUGUUACUGUACGUUUCUUUACAACAAAACUAUGCCAUGGAGAUCUUCGACUCAGGAGCGGGAUUUAGAAGAAACUUUUACAGUGCAUUAUUCCAAGCGAUCCAAGAUGGAACACCUGAAGGACAGCUAAUUAUGGAUUCUGUUAGAGACAAGGAAAAAUGUAGAGAUGGUGAUAUUAGUGCAUUUAGUACCGAUUUUGAAAAAAGUAGUUAUGAAAAUUUGGAUGCAUGUUUCCAUCUAAGCGAUGACCGAUUGGGUAUGUUGGCUAGCAAGCAUGAGAAAUUUGUAGAAGCAAUUAACAGUUGGAAAUUUAGCAAAUCUGAUAUUGACAAGCUAUUCCCUAAUGAGAGCGGUAUUGUUACUAUUGGUGGUAGUAAAUAUUCAGUGAUCUCAUUAACCAUGUUAGAAACUUUACGUGAUAGAGGAUCAAAAUUACCAGUUGAAGUUAUGAUACCGCCAGGUGAUGAAGGUGACGAAGAUUAUUGUAAUGUCGUACUACCAAAAUUGGGAGCAAAAUGUGUCUAUAUGGCAGAGAAGUUACCACCAGAUGUGGUUAAAAAUGUUAAAAUUGAAAGGUAUCAAAAUAAAAUUGUUGGUUUACUACUAUCAAGUUUCAAGAAUGUGGUGUAUAUCGAUGCUGAUUGCUUACCAUUAAAACCCUUAGAUGAUGUUUUCAAUUCACCUGCAUACAAAAAACACGGUUUGAUUCUAUGGCCAGAUAUUUGGAAAAGGGUUACAGCUCCUGCAUUUUAUAAGCUUGCUAACAUUCCAUUGGAUCUAAAAAAACGUGUUAGAUUUGGCGCUGAUGAUGUUUCCCCACUGUCUCGUUAUGAACCAUCCUCUGAAGCUUCAGAGGUGAGAAUGUUAAAGAAAGUUCCAUUCCACGAUUUGGAAGGUACAAUGUCAGAUCCAACUACCGAAUCUGGUCAAAUGCUUAUCAACAAAGUUGAUCAUUUACGCUCAUUGUUAUUAUCUGCAUAUUAUAAUAUUCAUGGUAAAUGGUAUUACAAAAUGUUAUCGCAAGGUACAUCUGGUGAAGGUGAUAAGGAAACUCUUAUCGCGGCAGCUCAUGCUCUAAAACUACCAUAUUAUCAAGUGAAAACAGAUGUCAGAUUUGAUGGAUUUUCAGAUCAUGAAGGUUUCCAUGGUAUCUCUCUAUACCAACAGGACUUUCAACAAGACUAUGAAGCUUAUAAGAAGGCAAUUCGUUGGGUUCGUCGUCAUAAAUCUGAGCUUUCUGCUUACGAACAAAAUUACGAUGUUAAGAAACAAUUUUAUGAAAAAUUAUUAAAGCCUGGUGAUAAAGAGGUUGAGUCACUCUUUGGUCAUAUCAGUUAUCAUAAAUUUGAACCGAUAGAAUUAGCUGAAAAAAGUAUCUAUAUUGAUGAAAAGGGUAAACAUUUCAGAGGAUUCAGACGUAAAGAAGUCAUUAGACACUUUGAUUUAGAAAUGUUCAAUUUUGAAGUUUUGGAAAAAUACCUCUGCAAAGAAAAUCCUGUUAAAUUUGUAUAUUACAAGGAUAGAAUGGAUACUCCAGAAUGGGAAAGGAUGUGUAAUUAUCUGAAGAGUCACGUAUCCUAUUUACAGGAUACCCACGAAGAACUCUUUUCCAGUUAG